CAAACAACCAAAGUGAAUAGUAACAGCUGAGCUGCAAAGAUUUAAGAAAAUAAAUAAAACGUUUUCAAGCACAAAAUUACAAAAAGAUGAGCAUCAGUAUAGAAAAUCCAGCAAUGGAUUUAAGGGAAAUCGAUGUAUUGAGAUUCUUUUUUGAAGUAAAUCAACAGCACAUGGACCCUGUAAAACUUCAACAAAUUGUUCUUCAGCAUCAACUACAGAAUCAGUUGCGACAACAUACAUUUCCAUAUUCACCAGUGUUUAGGCCUAAAGAGAUGAAUGUAUCAACACCAGAAGUCAAUCGAGUUACAAACAUAAGUCAAAUUCCAGAACCAAAAAUAGUCUUUCAGUAUGUUCCAUCUCCACAAUUUCCUACGCCUACAUCCACACCAGAACCUGAGUUUUAUGAUGAAGUCAAUGAUUAUCAAAAGGCAGAGAAGCAAUCUAAAAGUUUUCACAUUGAGGAUCGUUGCAAUUUCAUAAAAUUAAAGGAUGAGCCAAAACAAAAGAUUUUAAUGACUCCGACAUCUUCACAUCAUGAAUCAGACAUGUCGGAUCAUGAAACUUUACCAGAAAGCAAUUCUCGUCUACCUCCUUUAAAAUUAUCAUCAAGAACAAGAUUAUGGAAAGGAUACAGCGUCUACAAUAAUCUACCUGAAAUUGUUAUGACAGAAUAUGACAGAAUUUUAAGAGAAAGUCAUACAAUGAAGUUAGAAGUCAUCGAUGAACUAAAUCAUGCAUUUCCGGUUAACUAUGAAUAUAAUCCAAAGAAAUCCAGAAUUAGGACAAAUUAUUCAGAUCCACAUAUUGCAGAUGAUCGCACAAGAAAUAACUUGGCGAGUAGACGUUCGAGGCAAAGAAAAAAGUUCCUAAAUCACAUCCAUCAAUACUCUGUUGAAUUUGAUCAAGAUGAGAACCUUUUGUUGAACAAACAGGAGAAUUGGCUUCGAGAAGUGAUAGCCAAUCUAGAGAACAAGAUAAUAGCUAGUAAUUUAAAUGAUGAUAUUAAAAUUUAUAAAUUAAGAAAGCAGUGCGGUUUCGAGUAAAAAUAACAAUCAUGUCUUAUUGAUUAAGUCAAUUUAUGUUAGUCCUUAGCUAUUCCAGUAAAAAAAUCUUUUUGUGCUCCUUGUAUAUAAGCUGUACAUAUAUAGAUUUGUAAAUAGAAUAAUUUUAAAUAAUAUUUAUUAAAAAUUGUAAAUAAAUUAAAACCAACAAUCGUG